AUGGCAGGCCGGCCCGUCUUCCUCAAGCCGUCGAUUUGGUCGACGCGCUACGGUGCCAACUUCUUUACGGUCAACGUCGAGAGCUACGACGUCAAGGACAACUCGUUUGCUGCAUACGCGCUCGAGCUCAAGCGUGGCAACACGACGUGGGUCGUGCACCGCCGGUACAGCGAGUUUGCGACCUUGUGGGGCCAGCUCUAUGGCCUCGGCGAUCGGCUACCGACGAUGCCGCCCAAGACGUACUGCUUUCGCGACUUGAGCCCCGACUACUUGAAGACGCGCCAGCGCCUCCUCGAAGAGUGCAUUUGGCAGCUGCUCCAGAUCCCGGGCGUGAGCGAGAUUCCUGCGGUCGUCGCCUUUCUCGAGCUCAAAGCGUAG